AUGGAUCGCGUAUGGAGUGCGUGGUGCGGCAAGUGCGCUAGAGGGAAAGGCUUGUCGCCCGUGUGGGCUCAGUGCAUCGUGGUCGCCUGGCUGAACAGGGCCGAAUGGGACCAGGUAAUGGUCUAUCUGUUCUGCGAGGACCACGCGUUGCAGAGGUACGCGCUGAACCGUAUCACCGUGUGGAGGAGCAGGUUAGGCAACGACCUUCCCCUGGCAGUGGCUUCUACUGCUGACCUGGUACGCUGUAAACUUAUGGAUGUUACUGGUGGCUUGGGCAUUGAUGAACUUAGGCUCCUGUAUGGCAUGGCAUUGGUCAGGUUUGUGAAUCUUAUCUCGGAGAGGAAGACAAAAUUUGUCAAGCUCCCCCUCAAGUUCCUGGCUCAGGAGGUGA